AUGGCAUCUUCUUUACGGGAACCUCAGUCACGGGAUUGCAGAGUAGAUGAUUCCCGCAAAGUGCAAGUCACUAUUUUGGCUUCUGAAUGGGGAUCAAGCAAAGGGGGACUUUCCACCAUAAACAGAGAGUUAGCCAUUCAGUUGGCCAAAUACCCUGAAGUGGAAAUCACUGUCUUUUUACCGCAAUGCAGUAAAGAGGACAAGAAGUUAGCCCUGAGGUAUAACGUAAAGAUCGUUGAAGCAACCCCCCUGUCUGGCUUUGAGCAACUGGACUGGCUUUGCUUUCCGCCUGAAGAUUUGCAAAUCGACAUUAUCGUAGGUCAUGGAGUUAAACUCGGUAAACAGGCACAAAUCAUUAAAAGAUCUAAAAGGUGCAAAUGGGUUCAAGUGGUGCACACAGAUCCAGAGGAACUUGGAAUGUUCAAAAACUAUUCAGAUCCAAUUUCAAAAGGCGAGGAAAAGCACAAGAUCGAAGUAGAACUGUGUGAAAUGGCAGAUCAUGUUGUUGGGGUUGGUCCCAAGUUGAGCGAGGCCUUUCGCUCCUAUCCUCGCAGCUGCCAAAAAGAUGAUAAUGUCCUUGACUUAACUCCAGGAGUAUUUGUAGAAUUUGAGGCUGUGAAGCAGGCUCUGAACGAAAGGCAACAACACAGUGUCUUGGUGUUUGGUCGUGGAGACGUAGAGGAUUUCGAAUUGAAAGGAUUUGACAUCGCUGGGAAAGCAGUUGCUGAGUUAGAAGAUACUCGUCUUGUCUUUGUUGGGGCUCCAGAUGGAAAACACGAAGAAAUAGCAAAACGGUUGACCGAAUGUGGUGUCCCUCCAAGUCGCUUGAGAGUAAGAGGAUUUGUUCAAGAUCGAGAGAGUCUAAGGCGCUUGUUUCAAGAAGUGGAUCUUGUUGUCAUGCCUUCAAGAACAGAGGGCUUUGGAUUGACAGGGCUAGAGGCCUUGUCAGCUGGUCUCCCUUUGCUUGUCAGCCGCAACUCCGGUUUUGGAGAAGCUUUACGUGGUGUACCUUUUGGAUCAUCAUAUGUAGUGAACUCAGAGGAACCGGCAGAUUGGACCUCUGCUAUCAAAACAAUCUGGGUCAAGGACAGGAGAAGUCGGCUUGAGGAAGCGGAAACUUUGCGCGAAUCCUAUGGCAAGAAAUACAACUGGGCCAAACAGAUAAAAGAUUUCAUUGACAAGAUGAUCUGUUGGGUUUACGGUAUGAACGUCAAUUUUCUUUUUUAUGAAAAAAAAAAACACUUUUCAUACAUUGCACGUGGAAUAAUAGAACGUGGACUCUAAGAAGAAAUUAAAAUAAAGAAACAAAACCAACUUUGAGAAAUAUCCGCUUCAUUUUUUCUCCCGGCUGAGAUCUUGGAAAAAGGCGAUUACAAAGUUUUACGUUACAUGUAGGCAAACGCAGUAAAGUAAUAUUGACCCAAUCCGUCUAUCAUAUGCUUUGUCCCUAGUUCACUGGCUUAUGUGAUUAUUCCAUGCAUCCGCAUUUACCAAAACAGCCUGUUGUUAUCUACUCUUUUUUAUCAACAGAUGAUACUCUAAAUUACCAGAGGUCUUCAGAAACAAAGCGCAGAAUUUUUUCAUCCACCGAUAAAUCUUCUCAGCGAAUGGAGGAGACAACUGUAGACCCUGAAGGUAUCCCCGAUGACUUGAUAAUAAUCAGCGUAAUACUAGUCUUGAAUGGUGUUGCUGGUCGAAAGUGUUCUUUGUUUAUUAAAAUGGUUAGCAUUAUUUGAAUCGGUUUUUUUUUCUAAGUCCAUGCCUUACGCAUGCGUGGAUGAACGAUAACUAAGUUCACUUGCAUGACUUAUACAUACCGCUCAGGCAGAACGGUUGGCUUUGGUCUGUCUCGAACUGGUCUAGGAUUUCGCUCUUUCUCCGUGUAUUAAGUUCAAGAACAUUUAAACUUCUAGAGAGGGAAAAGAAAAAAAGAAUAUGCUGCUUGUGAGAACACGUGCUAUUUGCGUACUUUUCACUGUACAAAUUAUUGGAUCACAUUAUGCCUAGAAAGCUACCAAAAGUGUCUUUCAGGGGCACCCAACGACGGUUUCCUCCUACAAACAUUGAAAACACUUUUAAGGCUAUCCUUAGCCCUUUUAGAUAUCUAGGAAUGUAUUCUAAGCGGGGCUUUAAAAUUUGUGCCUGCCCGAUAAUCCUAGGGGAACUUGAGCCCAUUCGAAAGUAAAAGGGCUUAAGUAUUAUUUUCCCGAAAAUUUUACGUGCAGUUUGAGGUAUUACGAAAGUGAGAAUUUUUCUGAUUCCUCUCUCCUUCACAUUUUUGAAUCCGGGAGUAAAAUGCGAAAAAUUAAACUUCAGAAAAUCGUAGGGAAAUUAUUGGAUGCACUUCGAAAAAUGUACAACAGUCGUUGGGUGCCCCUGGUUUGCCAAAAUAUCUGUUUGGAGAAGGAAAUAUUUCUUACAAAUUUUAGGAUCGUGUUUUUACCCCAUACAAACACUAAUUUUACUGGAACCGUCCUGUGGUACUAUCCCAAAGCCUGGGUUACCUGUCAGGUCACCGUAUUAGACGCUUCCGUAGUUCUUUCUUAUAGUCUCUUAUAGGCGAGUUAGAACGGGGCGUGCGACGAAGACCAGCCACUACUUUCAAACGCCUGCUACGCUGGUUAGCUACAAGUUAUGUAAUUGACUAUUGUACAGUAUUUUGGAAUAGUAGUGUUUUAUUUUUGAAACUGUUUAUAUUAGCUAAUCAGUGUGAAGAAUUAGGACUGUAUAUAAUGGUGACUCUUGUUGUUGGUUGUAGGCUCCUCUUCAGUUUUAAAGUCCACUCAAGGGAAAACCAAUUAUUCUCGUCUAUGUCGCCUGCUGAUCAGCAUAGGCUCGCGAGUGCUUGGAGAUACAUUCGAUAGCAUUAUUCCACCGGAGAAUCUUCGAGAAUUGUUGAAAAGUGACCCGGUGCACUCCAGACUACAGUUACUGCGAAAGAAAGGAGUCCUUUCUUCAGUUCAUUGGAGGAAAUUGUACCCCGCCACACCCACUGAAGUGUCAUCUGCAAGCUUUGAUAUCCCCCUCUUGAUUGUGCUUCUAAGGACAAUCUGUAAUCUGAGUCCUCCACCCGCUGGCUGGGACACACCUCCUCUUACAUCAGACACCAGUCGCGAGUCUGACAUUGCGCGCAUUAAGUACUUUAUGAACGCCGUAUCCAAACAUGCCACGGAGGGCUCUGUGAGUGAUGCUGUAUUCAGUAGCUACUGGCAGCAUAUCCGUGACACACUAGUACGAUUGGGUGGAGCUGAUUAUGAAGAUCUCAUUGAUGAAUUUAAAGACCAGGAAAUUGAAUUCCUCGAUGAGGAACAUUUCAGAGAACUUCUCAAGCAGUGGAAGAAGGUAGAAGACGACAUCAGAGACAGGCUGAAUGAAGUGGAAAGUGAAGAAGCUUCUAAAGAGAAAGGUAUGCUAUGCAGUAGGCCUUGUUAGGAGAUACAACCCUGCCAAUUGGUAGGUUUUAAACUCUUAACACUGCGAAUUUAGGGUGGUUUGGUUAACAGGGAAUAUACUUUAUGUAUCUAUGGAAAAGUCGCCGGAUCCAGCAAUUGCUUCCAUACAAGACCUUAUUUAUAAUUCGUUAGACGUUCCAGCACCUUUAAAAUGUUAGUUUUAUGUGUCAGUAACUUCAAAAUUACCUAUCGAGGGAAUACUCUCGUACACCUUCCAUCUCUUGGAAUUGUUUAAGUUGCUUCCCAUUAAGCAGGUCACGGAUAAGCAGGGCAGAACAGUGUAGGAUCAGUUGAUCCUGAAAAAUUUGGAAUUUCAAGCUGCGUUAAGGGUCAUACCAAUUAUUAACAUAAAGAUUCUUUCGGCUAAUUUUACCGUUAUUUUCUUGGAGAUUUCAAGUGAUCUUGUGGUAAUUAAGCCACUAAGUGAAUUUAAGUGUAUCACGUUAUUAAGCUUUGUGUAAUGUUUUGUGGGGCCUCCAUUGUGCCGUAUUUCAAGGUCUCCUCAUUUAAUUCUUGACUUGUUCAUGCAGAUCCCCGAGCGGCGAGUGGUGCUAGUGGUCGCAUUGGACCUGGUGUUGAUGGGCCUUCGGAUCUAACCAAGCAGACUUUUCAUGACCAAGGUAUACAACUACUAAGCCUGUUAAUGUAGCAACUACCUACUCCCAGUGUUAACAAGGUGAUAGCGUCGAAUCGAAAAAUAUAAUUACAGUCAUGUGCAUGUCCGUAUUAUUAGAGAGAGGUCUGUUUACAGGGAGUCAACUAAAAGGAGUAAUCAAGGUAGGGACGAACUCUUGGUGUCACUUUUAGCCAGGUGCUCGUGUUAUAGAAGUGUCCAUAAGAGAGAGUUGACUCUACUCAGGAGCGUUUUUUUUUCAUUUGAGUAUAAAGAAUGUGGUUAUAAUAUGUAGUCGUGCAUUGUAUGGUCUUAAGGCGGGAUUCCACUUCAAGCUGUAAUUCUUUGAUUCAUUGCCUUUAGCUAUUCAGCAACAAACUGUUAUCUAAAUUGCUCUAGUUCUGUCAAAAUCACCCAGAGUUUUUUCAAAGAACGUUAAAAGGAGUAUAACCAUCUGACAUACCCUUCAUACUAUUAGUUUCCAUUCUUAUUCUCAUCCAUUUCAUUAAACAGAUUACUCAAACGCCCAGAGCUCCUUAGAAGCAAACAACAGGACUUGUCAUCAGACAGAAGGCCUGACUGAGCACCAUGGGGGUAUUCAGCUUUAGAGACUUUAAUAGAUUGUAAUAAAUGUAUUUGUAAAUUUACGGGAAAAAAUUGUUUUACAGUUCAUAUCACUGUCUAAUAUAGUUUGAAUAUGGAAAUACUUCAAAGGUUAUUUCUUGAGGGCAUAAUUAAGUGUACCAUAGAACGUUGAAAACAAAUUUUAAUCCAAUGUAGAGGGAACUUGUUUUUGCUUUUCCUAAAUGGAGGUGAAUUCACCCCACCACCCACUCGUCCGUAAGUUUAUACAAGUAAAACUGCGAAGUUUGUUUACCGCAUACAUCGGUAGGCCAAACUUUUCAACGAGAAGUAGGCAGUGAAGAAUUUCGCUCCUCGCGUUUUUCACCACGCCAAUUUUACCCCUUCUUCCCUCUGACUUUUGAACGCUUGCCGUGCAGGCAACAGUUUCGGAGCACGUGAGAAAUUUUUUUAAGCAAAAGUUGACUUCCUUUACUAACAUAUUGAAUAACUAAUGAAUAUAAUUUAAAACAAACCAAAUUAAAUGCGGCCUUUAUUUUUUCCUAGGUCUAGGUUUGUCAUUCCCAACUGAUCUCAUAGAAAAGAUCCGUCAGCUCUACAAAACACGUGAACGACGCCUUCUGCCCGUCCCUUGGUUGGACGAGUUUAGCUUUCAUAUCAAUGAUAUUUUUACCAGAUUAAAAAUCUUGGGCAAAGAAAAAACGCAAGGAGUACUUACUGACGAUAUAACCAAUAUGACUGCCAUCUUUAAUGCCCACGCAGAAUGCCAAAGGCCGCGAACAGUCUUGAUCGAAGGAGACCCGGGUAUGGGAAAAACCACUUAUUGUCAAAAGCUGGCGUACGAUUGGGCAACUAAGCAAGACAAAUGGGACCCGUCUUUUCCAGAGAUUGAAGUGUUACUGCUUCUCAAAUGUCACGAAAUUAAAUCUGACAUCUGGGAAGCUAUUGAUGAUCAAAUUCUCCCCGAGGAAAUGGACACUCAAGCUAAGGAAUGCUUCUUUAGAUUCAUUCGUGAAAAUCAGUCCAAGGUUCUAUUAGUUCUCGAUGGACUAGACGAAGCGGAUACUAGUAACCUCAAAAUGUUCCUUAACCUCAUUGAAAGGAAAGAACUCUCAGGUUGUUACAUUGUUCUCACCUCUCGUCAUGAGGCUGGAAGGAAUGCAAGGCGAUACUGUGACACUCUGUGGGAGAUUGUAGGAUUUACCCAGGAAGAUGCAGAAAGCUUUAUUCAUAAAUACUUUAAAAACGUUAGAAAGGAGCAUUUGGCCAUGAAGCUUAUAGAAAUGGUAUGGCCAGACGUCCGGUUGUUGGAGUCAGGACAAGCUGAAGAUCUGCGCGAUUUGACAAAAAAUCCUUUAAACACUUCUUUACUUUGUGUUAUCUGGGAGGAUUUAAAGGGCGUGCUUCUAACGAGCAGAACUGAAUUGUACAUUGACAUUGUUCUUUUUGUUUUGGAAAGAUAUGAACAAAAGCAAGGACUAUCGAGCGAGAAUGAAGACCUCUGGUCCGUCUACAAUAAAGACUUGAAAUAUCUCGGAAGAAUGGCGUUGGAGUCUCUUCAAAACGGAGAAUUGUAUUUUGAAGAACAUAAAUCAGGUGGUCGCUGCAUCGUCUUAUCCAAGAUCGGAUUCCUUUCACUUCAGCCUGCUGUCAGUAAGAGGAGAGUUCGUACGCGUUACGCGUUUCUUCAUAAAAGCUUUCAAGAAUUCUUUUCUGGUUUCUUUCUUGCUUGCCAACUUAUUGAAGGCGAAAUUAGCUGCGAGUCAGUAGUGAAAGACCAAAGAUAUGUGCGUAAACUAUAUCAAGUAUUUGCAUUCUUGAUUGGGAUACUAGUGUCCAAAAGUAAGAAAACGGCAGAAUCUCUCGUUAAAAGCAUGGCUGCAAAUAUCAAUUUCACAAGUCUAAAGUUAGUCAAAUUCGAAGCUACAGACUUUUCAAGACGUGUAUUAUUUGCUGUACGUAGCUUAUCGGAGCACGCAAGUUCACUUGAAACCUUAGGGGAGCACCUUAACCUUGCUCAAUUAAAUUUGAAGAACAGUCCGAUUGGCGAAUCUGGUGCUGCAUCUCUUUCCCGGGCUCUUGCAGUCAACUCCUCCUUAACUGAGCUGGAUUUGAGUGAGAACAGCAUUGGUGAGUCUGGUGCUGCAUCUCUUUCCCAGGGUCUUGCAGUCAACUCCUCCUUAACUGAGCUGGAUUUGAGUGAGAACAGCAUUUGUGAGUCUGGUGCUGCAUCUCUUUCCCGGGCUCUUGCAGUCAACUCCUCCUUAACUAAGCUGAAUUUGAGAGGGAACAGCAUUGGUGAGUUUGGUGCUGCAUCUCUUUCUCAGGCUCUUGCAGUCAACUCCUGCUUAACUGAGCUGGAUUUGAGAUACAACAGCAUUGGUGUUUCUGGUGCUGCAUCUCUUUCCCAGGGUCUUGCAGUCAACUCCUCCUUAACUAAGCUGAAUUUGAGAAGAAACAGCAUUGAUGAUUCUGGUGCUGCAUCUCUUUCUCAAGCUCUUGCAGUCAACUCCUCCUUAACUGAGCUGGAUUUGAGAUACAACAGCAUUGGUGAGUCUGGUGCUGCAUCUCUCUCCCAGGCUCUUGUAGUCAAGUCCUCCUUAACUGAGCUGAAUUUGAGAGGGAACAGCAUUGGUGAUGCUGGUGCUGCAUCUCUCUUCCAGGUUCUUGCAGUCAACUCCUCCUUAACUGAGCUGAAUUUGAGAGGGAACAGCAUUGGUGAUGCUGGUGCUGCAUCUCUUUCUCGGGCUCUUGCAGUCAACUCAUCCUUAACCGAGCUGGAUUUAAGAUACAACAGCAUUGGUGUUUCUGGUGCUGCAUCUCUUUUCCAGGGUCUUGCAGUGAACUCCUCCUUAACUAAGCUGAAUUUGAGAGGGAACAGCAUUGGUGAUUCUGGUGCUGCAUCUCUUUCUCAGGCUCUUGCACUCAACUCCUCCUUAACUGAGCUGGAUUUGAGGUACAACAGCAUUGGUGGGUCUGGUGCUCCAUCUCUUUCCCAGGGUCUUGCAGUCAACUCCUCCUUAACUGAGCUGAAUUUGACAGGGAACAGCAUUGAUUGUGCUGGUGUUGCAUCUCUCUCCCAGGCUCUUGCAGUCAACUUCUCCUAA